AUGAGACGGGACCUUGUAAACCAGGAAGUUGAACUUGUGGUUGAGGGCAGGGUCGGUGAAGUCGACCGAUGGCGAGGCGUCGGGGACCGCCACGGUCACGGAGUGGUUCCUCCUCAGCAGCUCCUCUAUGAUGCUCCUCAUGUUCAGCCAAUGACUGUGCUCGCCAGGAAAGACCAGAACAUGACCCGCAUCAGCCUGGGGGGGGGAAUAGAGGAGCAGGAGGAGGAGGAGAGGAGCAGAAAGGAGGAGACGAAGACGAAAAUGAAGCCCCUGAAGAAGAAGAGGAGGAAGAACCUUCAUGAUGAGUGGAAACAGAAAAGUGCAGCUGAGUUUGAUUUGGUCUGA